AUGGACGAAGCUCAACAAUACAUCCCACUCACACAGACAGUCGUCGACGCCAUACCAGAUGACCACAUAGACUGGGCAAGAUUCUUCGAUCUCCUCGGCCAUGACCUGGAGCAGGCAAAAUGGCCUGCAUUCUUGAACCACCUCGCACAGUAUUUGUACGAUCUAUAUUUUGACAAUGACGAGCUCCCCGACCUCGAAGAGGCUAUCAAACUUACACGGGGAGCUGUCCAUCUCACGAGCGAAGACGAUCCGAAUUACGAUCACGCGUCGUAUCUGAAUAAUCUAGCAAAUCUACUGGGUGACAAGUAUAUCAGAACGGGGAUAGUAAACAAUCUUGAAGAAGCGAUCGCCGUUGCACAGCAGGCCAUCAAUGCAAUACCGAAGACCCACCCGAGUCGGUCAAAGUACUUGAAUAACCUGGGCAACCAGCUGAAUGAUCGAUACCUGAUAACAGGCGUGCUUGCUGACCUUGACGAAGCCAUCCAAGUUGGCUGGGAAGCUAUCCGCAUCACGCCGGAAGACUAUAUCCACAGGCCGGCAUUUUUCAAUAAUCUGGGUAACCGACUCGGGGACAGGUAUCUCAGAACAAACUCCCUGGACGACCUCGAUGAAGCAAUACGCGUCAAACAGGAAGCUGUCAAAGUUACGCCAAAGAACCACCCAGACCGCGCAGGGCGCUUGAAUAAUCUCGCAAUCGAACUAAGUGCCAGGUACCUGACGACAUUUGAUCCGCCGGACAUUGAAAUGGCCAUCCAGGCCGGCCGCGAGGCUAUCAGGAGCACACCAGCCGGUCAUGCAGACUUGACGAUGUAUUUACACAGUCUGGGCAACUCGCUUGAUUACAGCGCCGACGCUUCAAACCUCGAAGAGGCUGUUCAAGUUGGGCGCGAGGCCGUCAAUGCCACGCCGCGAGACCACCCAGACCGAGCCAUGGCCCUGAACAGUCUAGGGAAGCGCCUCGGUGAGAGAUUCUUGAAUACAGGCGCAUCUUCGGAUAUCGACGAGGCUAUUGCAUGCCACCAUGAUGCUUUGCAUCAGGGAAAUGCGUCCACCAUUCAUCGCAUAGUUGCCGGUCGAGCGGUAAUUAAAUUCUGUGCAACCCGUCAGCACUGGCUGCAAGCAUAUACUGCAGCAGAGACUGCUGUCGACCUUAUUCCUAAAUUAACUCUGCGGUCGCUCGAGAAUUCAGAUAAGCAGUAUCAGCUUGGUCAGGUGGUUGGACUUGCUUCCGAUGCCGCAGCCGUUGCAUUGAAUGCACACAAGUCCCCGUCAGUUGCAUUAUGGUUUCUUGAGCAGGGUCGUGCCCUGCUCGCAGCAUCCCUUGAAGAGAUGAGGAUCGAUAUCCUCGAGCUGCAGGAGCAGUACCCAGAGCUGGCAAGGGAGUUUAUUCAUCUUCGAGACCAACUCGAGCUCCCGAUUGACCCGGACGAAUCGUUGCCAAUAUCAGAUGAGUUUCUAGGACAGUCAUUUGAACAAGCGGCCCACGCAGACCUACGACACAAAGCCGCCAGCGAUUUUGACAGGCUAAUCGCCGAAAUUCGGGAACAACCAGGAAUGAACGACUUCCUACUGCCGCCCAGCACAGCAGACAUCCAUAGUGCGGCCGAAAAGGGGCCCAUCGUACUAAUCAACGUCAGUGACUACCGCUGCGACGCGAUUCUCAUUGAUCAGCAUCGGAUCCGCUCCCUUCUUCUACCCGCCUUGCAUAACGCGGAUGUCAAGAGAUUUGCACAGUCUGAUAACCUUGGUAGCCCCAAAAUUCUCGAAUGGCUGUGGACUGCUAUUGCCCAUCCCAUCCUUCAAACUCUAGGGCUUUUCCAGCCCCCAUCCGCCAACGAAGACUGGCCACACAUAUGGUGGAUUCUCACAGGUCUCCUGACGAAAUUCGCCAUCCAUGCCGCGGGCCAAUAUAGCCAUGACAGUGGUGGUGACAUAGUGACCUCCUAUGAGUCCGUCCUGGAUAGAGCUAUGUCAUCCUACAGUUCAUCCGUGAAAGCGAUCAUUCACGGCCGCAGGCGCACUGUAUCAACUAGUGCUAAUAUGACCUCGAUACCCGGGGGAGCCAGCUCGCAGCAGGAAGCGCUCCUUAUCGCCAUAGAGGACACGCCCGGAAAAUGGGACCUCCCGUUUGCCCCAGAGGAAAUCAGAACCCUACAUCCGCUGUGCAUGUCCAUGGGCCUCAUACCUGUCUCCCCCUCCACCGGCAGACGGAAGGAAGACGUGCAGACCCAUCUGCCGCGGUGCAGGAUCUUUCAUUUCGCAGGCCAUGGGUACACAGACACCUACGAUCCAUUGAAUAGCAAUCUUCGUUUGUGGGAUGGGGGGAUGCUCCGUGUUGCGGAUCUUCUUGCGAUGAAUAUUCGAGAAUCUUCGCCCUUCCUGGCAUACCUGUCUGCGUGCGGCACGGGGCGAAUCCGCGACGCAAGGUUCGUGGAUGAGAGUAUUCAUUUGAUUAGCGGGUGUCAACUUGCGGGUUUUAGACACGUUAUUGGGACGCUUUGGGACGUUAAUGAUGAAGCCUGUGUGGGUAUGGCGAGAAUCACGUACGAGACAUUGAGAGAUAGAGGGGGGGCGGGGUGGGGGGCGGGAGCGGAUGAGGCUAUAUGUCUGGGGCUGCAUGAGGCCACGAGGGCCAUGAGAGGGCGGUGGUUCAAGAAGGUUGGGAAGAUUACUAGACGGGGGCAGAGGAAGUUAGUUCGCAAUGGGUCCUUGGAGGAGAGUCUCGUACUUGAUGGUCAGCAUGGCAACAGAUUGCCGAGGGACAUUGAUCUAUUUGAUGACGAUGAUGAUGAAGAUGGGGAUAGUGAGGAGGGAGAGACUGCACGAGCACUUUGGGUUCCAUAUGUCCAUUUUGGCGUAUAA